CCGGAAGUUUUCAAAGGUAGAAGGCGUGGCUGAUUAGAGUGGUAAAGAUAAAUCUUGGAAUAGUGACGUUCUGGACCCAGUUGGGGCCGAGAUUACAAACGGUGCAGCUGUAACGAACUCGAGGAGUGGUCAAGUGUUUGGGCUGUGGUGUGAGGAGUGGAGUGAAAACAGGCAAAAAUGAGGUGUCGCUACAUCGACGCGAGGAGUGACGAAGUUUUAAUGUUUAAUGCGAGAGUAACUCACCGAUGCAAGUUGUUUUCGUUGUUUUCUUGGUGCUUUCCAAUAACAAAAACAUUGUCUGAUAUCGUUAUGAACCAUGACAACGAUAUACUGUACGAUUCGAUUGGACACAAUAAUGGAAAUCGUGGAAUAUCUGUUACACCGUCUACAUCAGAUGAUGCGGAUCGUCCUUUGCAACAGCAAUCUCCAAACAAUUUUCAUGAUCGUCAACAUUUAUAUCAACAUCAGCAUCCUGCACAGUCUUGCUCUUCACGUGGAAGUAGCAAUAAUAAUGCCGAAAAUUUUGGUGUAUCCCGUCAAAACUUGGUAUCGUCAAUUCCGACGUUGGAUUACGACAGUAUGACCGAUGUUGUGAUUGACGACAUUGCUGACGAACCGACUUCUGCCAUUUUGGACUAUUGCAAAAGAAAGUUCUUGCGUCCAUACGUUCAGAUACUGGGAUUGGUCGGCAUUAGACCCAUGUCCGUGGAUACAACUGCCUUUCAGGCUUUCAUAAGUCAUCUGCAAACAGUCAUCAUUUUUACGUUGCUCUGCAUUGGCUACUUCCUCCAAUAUUUUGCAUCAUUCCGACGUGACCGUGGCUUCAAUCACAGUAGAGGAAUCGAAAAAACCGUAACCAUUGAACGAAGCGGAUACAAAGAAGCCUACGAUUGUGGCGAGCUACUUUUCGUCUAUAUAAUUCCGGCUACAUUACAUGUAUGUGGAUUCAUGUCUGCCGUCUGGGUUUUCCGUAUGGCAGAUAAUGAGCAGUUGCAGAAUUUGGUGGAGCGAGUAUUCCUCAUGUCGAAUGCACCGAGGAAACUUUGCAUAGCAUUGUGGAUGUUUGUUUUAGGUGGAUCCGUUUGGAUUGGAUUCCUUUGUGCCUAUGUGGUCUUAUUGAGUAACGCCCAAUCGAAUCAAAUGAACAUACAAUGGUAUGAGAACCCGAAUACUACGGUGCAAGCAGUGGUUAAGGUGUCGCUGAUUUCGACGAUUUUUGUUCACGACCUAGUCCAAAUGAUAAUUUUAAUCAGUUACUGCAUUGAAUGCUACCUUCUAAAGCUUCACCUGUACAAUCUAAAAGACAAAUUAAUUCAGCACACAAUCGAAACUUUGGAUUGGAUGAGGGAAGUGCUUGAGUUCCGCAAACUCCUAAGUCAUUUGAAUCAGAAAGUGGCAACACCGAUUUGCUUCUUCACCGUCUUGAAUCUUUGCUAUGCUUUCGCUGGACUAAUCUAUCUCUUCAGGAAUUACGAUUUUCAAGGUCCUGUUAAGAUUUUCAGUUUAAGUAUCGCGAAUUUAAUGAUGUGGCUAAUCCUUGGUCUUGCACCAUUUUUCGCAGCAGCAUCGGUGACUCGAGCUUGUAAGGUGACGCAGGCCAGUGGACACCAGAUUCGAGUUAGGCCGUUCGUUUAUCAUAAUACACCAUCCGAGGACCUGGAUUCAACUUUAAUGUUUGCAUCAUCUCUCAACAUGUCAGCGAAACUGUACAGAAUGCCAAUUUUUAUUAGUUACUUAUGUUUUUCAAUUUUGAUUGUUUCACUUGUGAUAUUAACACUUGGCAUGUGCAUGAAUGUUUCCUUGGGAUUUAUUUGAGGAAUCAAAUUAUGAGAUACCAAGAAGAUGGAAGAUGCGGAAAGGAUUUUGAUCAAAUACAGACAAAUUUCUAAUAUU